AUGUCCACAUCUAUAUUUCGAUUUAUGAAAAAUGUAUAUAAGAGUGGACUUAAAAGAGCAGGAUGGCAAUUACAAGUUCAUAAUGAUGUAAAAAGUGGUUGGUUAGUUGGAACAGAUGAUUAUGGUAAUAAAUUUUAUGAAACAGAUUCACCAGAAGAAAUACAUUUAAGAACAAGAUGGGUAGAAUAUAAUAGUUGGAAACCAGAUAUGUCACAAGUUGAACCAGGUUGGCAUUAUUGGUUAGGUUAUGGAACAAAUACUCCACCAAAUACUUUAGAAGGUUCUGAAAAAACAACAAGAGCUUAUCCAUUACCUGCUAAACAUAAACCAAAUUUAACAAAUACUCCUGGUGCUUAUGUUUGUUAUAAUACUGCAAGACCUAAAUGUAAUAGUUGGGAAUCAGAAGUAAAAGAAAGAGUAUAG